AUGAGGGUGUCUUUGCUUGGUUUCGGUUUAUUUUGCAUUUUGACAGUUCAGGCUCUUCUAACCCCGGACAUUAAUGAAGGAGCCAUAUCUUGUCGCUGCACCCCUGAUCUACCAUGCUGGCCAACGGACGGUGACUGGGAAGCCCUCAAUUCCACGAUAGACGGGAAUCUCCUCGCACUGAAACCACUGGCAUAUCCUUGCCAUUCAUCACAUUUCAAUGCAGCAGAGUGUACCUACAUUCAAUCCAAUGCGCACAACUCAAGUUAUCGUGCGUUACAGCCAGGGGCCAUGCAGUACGAAAACUGGGGUUCAUCCCCUGAGCGAGACGAACAAUGUUACGCUGCAAGUCCUCAGUCUGUACCAUGCGGCCAGGGUAGAAUCCCCCUGUUCUCCGCCGCAGUGAGGACAGCGCGGGAUAUACAGGCAGCGGUGAAGUUUGCCGCGAGGCAUAAUGUCAAACUCGUCAUUAGGAAUACAGGCCAUGAUUUCCUGGGAAGGUCAACUGCGCCUAGCUUUUUGCAGAUUUUCACGGGGAAUAUGAAAGGAAUUGAGCUGACGGAUAGCUUUGUCCCUGCUGUUCCGGCUGGGACUGCCCCGCCGAGAGGGGUGCGGGCGGUUACUGUCGACGCUGGGGUUCAGUUGGGGGAACUAUACGCGUAUUUGGGUUCCAAGGGCGUCAUGGUGGUUGGGGGGUUCUCGAGCACUGUUGGCAUGGCCGGGGGGUAUAUCCAAGGGGGAGGCCACUCGGCCAUGGGGUGGCUUCAUGGCAUGGCGAGCGACAAUGCGCUGGAGUUUCAGGUUGUUCUUGCAGAUGGCUCAUUUGUGUUUGCAAAUGCAUAUCAAAACGCCGACCUGUUCUUCGCCUUGCGAGGGGGAGGAGGGGGAUCAUUCGGCGUCGUUGUAAGAGUGACAGUAAACGCAUACCCUGACCACCCAGCCAUCGCCGUGAGAACAAACUACACAUUACCAGCAUCUAGCACUCGAUUCUGGGAUGGCGUGGAAACGGUCCACAACCACCUGCUGGAGCUGAAUGACAAUGGCGGUACUGGGUAUUAUAUGAUUACGCCGAGAAGCAUUCCGUCCGUGAAGAGUUCGACAUUCGAGCUUUUCAUCGUGUUUAUCAACCAGACUGAUCGCAGUAUCCCCGAGAAACUCAUCCGUCCAGUGAUAUCUGACUUGGAAAAGGCAACUGGGGUAACACCAUCCGUCAACGUCUUUCCCUUUCCCACAGUGUCAGGCAUGUUCUCCGCUGUCCUUCCAAAAAAUGAAACCACCGGAAUAUUCAGCCAACUGGGCUCGCGGCUUCUAUCUCGCUCCUUACUUGCAAAACAGGACGGCCCUGCCCAGAUAUCAAGCGCCCUCUCUCGUCUCGACCUUAGUCCAGGAGAAUAUAUCCAAGGGACUGUAGUCGCCGGCGGCAAAGUCGCCAGAAACAAGCACAUCCGCAGCGGCCUGAAUCUGGCUUGGAGAGAGGCCGCCAUCCAUGUCCUUUUCACGAAGCGCUGGGAUGCAGAUACAACCUUUGCCCAGCAGGCUGAGAUUACGGCGGACAUUACGGAUAAUAAAGUGGCCAUUCUUCGGUCCCUUGAGCCGGAUACUAUGGGUGCAUAUGUGAAUGAAGCGGACGCCAACGAGGUAGACUUUCAGAAAUCAUUCUGGGGCGAGAAUUACGAGGAUCUGUAUAGGAUAAAGAAGCAACGGGACCCCACUGGCUUGUUUAUUACGCGGAAGGGCGUGGGGAGCGAGGAUUGGGACGAUGAUGGACUGUGCCGGAUUUAG